UGUUCUAGACGGCGCACGGUUUCUCGGACCGCAGCUCAGUUGAUCGUGACGCACCGCAUUCGCGGCACAGUGCAAAGGACAGCUGCAUAUAGACGACAUUCGGUUUCGGUUUGACGCUGAAGCAGUAAUGAAACCCAGUGUGCCGACGGUAAAUGGCUGAUUCUGACGGAAUUCCGUACCCACGCGUACGUUAAAAGAGCGUCAGUUCCUGUGAUACGCGUCUUAGGAGUCGGGACGGACUAGAGCUUCAGCGAAAUAUCCCAGCACUGUUUACGGUAGCACGGCUCCUCCUGGCUGGAUAUACUUCUAAAAAAGGUGGACAUAGCCGAAGGUCGCAAUGGUGGAUUACUAUGAUGUGCUGGGAGUGUCACGAAAUGCUUCUCCAGAUGACAUCAAGAAAGCUUACAGGAAACUGGCUCUACGGUGGCACCCUGACAAAAACCCAGACAACAAGGAAGAGGCGGAGUCUAAAUUUAAGGAGAUAGCAGAGGCCUAUGAAGUUCUUUUAGACAAAAGCAAACGAGAUGCUUACGACAGAUACGGUAGAUCGGACAUACCAAGCUCAGGCUCUGGAGGUUCUUCAUUUCCUGAUGACUUCCCAGGAUUCAGCUUCACAUUCCGCAGUCCAGACGAGGUGUUUCGAGAGUUCUUCGGAGGGCAGGACCCAUUCGCAGACUUCUUUGAUGAUUUCCCAUUUGGUGGAAUGCACAGUGGGUUUCACAGCUCCUCCAGGCUUGGGCCCGGUCGCUUCUUCUCCUUCCCCUCAGCAAAUGCUGAUUUUACCUCCUUCUCUUCUUCAUUGGGUGGGAUGGGCGGCAUGGGAGGAGCAAACUUCAAGUCUGUUUGUACUUCCACCCGCAUUGUCAAUGGAAAACGCAUUACCACAAAAAAGGUCCAGGAAAAUGGCCAGGAGAGAACCGAGGUUGAGGAGGAUGGGGUUUUGAAAACUGUCCUCAUAAAUGGUGUGGAAGAUGCGAGUGCCUUAGCUCAGGAACGGAGUCGUAGAGAGCAGUCCAUUCAGCCUCCCAAACAAUCCCAGCAUGCACUGCUCCGCCCCUCCAACAACAGCUCUCCUAAUCCAGCUAUACGCUCCUACAGCGCCGCCCCGUUCUGCCACUGCCCUGAUGCUGGUGAAGAUGAGGAGGACGAAGACCUGCAGAUGGCGCUGGCCUACAGCUUGUCAGAGAUGGAGGCCCAGCAGAGGGCAGAGGACGUGAUCUCAGGUGCUGGGGCAGGGAGGGGGAAGCAGCCUGGUGGCGGGAAGGGUUCUGUUCAAAAAAACAAAUAUCAGAGAGAAGUGCUGGAUAAUUCAGAAAAAAGCACCCCUUCGUCUCCAGAGGAUAGACUGAUAGAACAGGGUCAGGCUAAAGGUUCAGAAAAUGUUGUUGUCCAGAACAAGGAGAAUGAUAAAGUGGCGGCCAAUGGGACUAAUGAGAAAAAAAAGAGGAGGAAGUGUCAGUGUGUGGUGUGUUAGUAAGAAUAUGGAGAAUAUCAUGUUUCUGUGUGAAAUUAACCUUAUGUUUUCAUUUUAUGGUUGUUGCUUUGUUUUUUUCCUGAAGUUUUUGACUUACAGCUCUGUCUCUUAUGGCAUUGCACAAAGUUGACUGAUGAAAUUGUAUUUUCUCGCAUUGAGGUAUGAGUAACAGGUGCCAAAAUGUGUUUAUCCACCACAGAGUCAGGACAUUUUAAAGGAAAUUUUGCAAUAUUUUAGAAUUCCAUGCACAAAAUGUCCUGUUGUCUGACAGGUAUCACUGAAAUAGGUGUCUUGGGAUAUCAUUUGGCAGCCUUCACUCUGUAAACGGUAAAAAUAGUAAAGUCACUUUUGUAGCCAAUUAAAAACACUGAAUCACUUGGGAUAGCUUGCAUCAGGUUGACUGACGUGUCUUUACAGGGUGUGAUUUGGGGAUUUUGGAGAGCAGGUAAAUGGUUAAAGAAAGUUAUCAAAAAGGUAAAAGUUAACUUAAUGGCUGAAAUCUAUUACAGCACCUUUAAAUCUGAUAUUCAACAUGACUUUUUGCUGCCAAACCAAGAUAAAUGCUCUGUGCUUACAUUUUCACUUAGAUGAAAUAAAUUGCUACUGAGUAAGUUUCUGAACUCUAGACCAGUGGUUCCCACAGUCUUGGAGAACCUAGAUAUAUGAGGUAGCCUAAUUUUAAAAGGGUUAUUUCUAAACUUGGAAAAGUAAUGUACAUUAACUGUAAAACUCAUGGUACCUUUUUAAUAUACAGUACAGACCAAAAGUUUGGACACACCUUCUCAUUCAAAGAGUUUUCUUUAUUUUCAUGACUGUGAAAAUUGUAGAUUUACACUGAAGGCAUCAAAACUAUGAAUUAACACAUGUGGAAUUAUAUAUGGAAUUAUAUACAUAACAAAAAAGACUGAAACAACUGAAAAUAUGUCAUAUUCUAGGUUCUUCAAAGUAGCCACCUUUUGCUUUGAUUACUGCUUUGCACACUCUUGGCAUUCUCUUGGUGAGAGAGGUAGUCACCUGAAAUGGUCUUCCAACAGUCUUGAAGGAGUUCCCCGAGAGAUGCUUAGCACUUGUUGGCCCUUUUGCCUUCUGUCUGCGGUCCAGCUCACCCCUAAACCAUCUCGAUUGGGUUCAGGUCCGGUGACUUGUGGAGGCCAGGUCAUCUGGAACAGCACCCCAUCACUCUCCUUCUUGGUCAAAUAGCCCUUGAUGCCUUCAGUGUGACUCUACAAUUUUCAUAGUCAUGAAAAUAAAGAAAACUCUUUGAAUGAGAAGGUGUGUAUAAACUUUUGGUCUGUACUGUAGUUGUGUACGAUUGGUGGUGCUGGAAGUCAGAAAGAAAAUGUAAUGACUUUUCUUAGUGUUCCAAAGCAUAUAUCUGAAGAUAUCUUGUGGUGCAAAGCAUAUAUAUAUAUAUAUAUAUAUAUAUAUAUAUAUAUAUAUAUAUAUAUAUAUAUAAGAUAUCUUGCUGAUUAGUUGACGUCCCAUUCCCAAUGAACCUUCCAUUUUUUAUUUUGUUUUUACCCGUGUUCACAUUUACUAGUAUUGUUCCUUUAAGAAAGGAGAUUCUCUGAUUUAUGAUUUUUUUUCUGUGUAUUUGUUAUUUCUUCAUUCAAAGUACCUGUUGAAUGUGAAAUUGUGGUGGUGGUGGGGGGGGGGGGGGGGGGGGUUGCACAAAUACCUAAAUAUAAUCUGCCCCUGAGGGCUAAUGUGUGAUGCUAAAGUUGGCAAUGAGUCAAUGAAUAAUGGCUAGUCGGACAUGUAAAAGGAUGUAGAUCCAGAAUUAUCUCGGUUAAUGAGAAUGUGCCAAAUAACUGACAAUGACUGAAAAUAACUUUCAUUAUUAGCUUUAUAUGUGUCAGAAUUACUCUGUAUUAUUGACAUUUCAUUUGUGCCUUUUUUGUUAGAAUGGGAAUGCAUGGCUAUUGUUGCCAAUGCUAUAUCUCGCUUACAAGUUUGUGUAUAAGUGAGUCGAAACACAUUUAACUUUUUUACUUGUUUGUUCCAUUAUAACUAUAUAUCAACUUUGUGAUAUAAAAUGAACAAUCAAAACAUCAAUACAUGAACUAAGCUCAGAAUGUUUUAAUGUGAUGCUAUGUGAAUAUUAAUAAAACAAUAUUUUGUGUAACUAUCUAAACAGAAAAGAGGAAACUAAAUCAUUGGUUUGCAAAAAACUGUUAUUUACAUUUGAAAAUGUUAUGUAAGACAUUGUUUUCUCAAAAGUAUGAGUCAGAGGGCAUAUUCAGUGCUAAGAAAGUGCGAUUUAAAUGCCUAAAUUGUUAAUAAAUGCUGUUUCAGUCAUGCUGUUGCUAAUAUGAGGAACAAUAAAUGCUAACAAGUACA